AUGGAGCUGUUUGUUUCAACCGUGAAAUGUCUCACAGAGAACCUGUUGCAGAAACAGCAAACAGAUUAUGAUGAGGUGAUAGAGAAGCUCUUCUCUGAAGUCUCUGGCCUAGAGGAUUUCCCCAAAAUACCAGCUCUACAGUUUGAGGAGUGUGCCAUCCAGCUGUGGAACUGGGCAGUCACUAAGAAUGUGGGCACCACUAUGAGUAAAAAUCAGAAGGCCAAAGUGCGUCAUGUCGCAUGCAGUCUGCUGUACUGCUGUGAGCCUGAGAAUCCAACAGAGGGCAUUAUCCGCAAGCAGAUCCUGAUGGCCAGCAAAACAGGGAGAACAUGGCUGGACUGCAAAAAUUCUCAGAUGGCAGAUCACUUCCUAAGACUGGCUGUCAAGAGCGUGGAGACCCUGUAUAGCCAACUAACGUGCAGAGGUGAUGGAGCAGCUGACAUCACUUCAUGCAAGGAGGAUGUGGAGAAGGAUCUGCUUCGAAUUCUCUCAUGCCAGGCAGAGUCGGCCUUAAGUCAAGGGAAUAACCAUGAGGCUGCGGCCUAUAUGCAGCGCUGUAAAGACAUGCUGCUGCGGCUGCCAAAAGAUACUGCAUACCUCUCCCUUAUGUGCUACAACUUUGGAAUAGACACUUACAAUCUGAGAAAGUUUGAGGAGAGUGCUUUUUGGUUGAGCCAAAGCUAUGAUAUUGGGAAAAUGAAUGUUAAAUACGCCCCUGGAUCUGAAGUCCAGGCCAAGGUUUUGAGGCUCCUUGCUACUGUUUAUUUAGAAUGGGACUGUCACAGGUUUCAGGAGAAAGCUCUUAAUGCUGUCAACUUAGCCAACAAGGAAUGUGUGAGCACUUCUGGGCUGUACUUAAAGAUCAGAAUACUCCUGAGAUGUGGAGCCUCAGACGAUCAUAUCAGAGGAGGACUAAAUGAGAUGCUACAGUGUGAGGUUUCUCUUGAAGUGUGUCUGGGCACCGUGAAACUACUCAUGUCUGAAGACAGAGAAGUGCUGGCAUUUGAGUAUUUAAAACGUGUGUGUCAGCGCUUUGAGUCGUCCCCUGACCUGGGAACUGCUCUUGUCUUGCACAUUGAGCUACUGCUACAGAGAGGCAAGGAGCUGUUGGGCAAACAGAAGAUAGAGGACAUUAUCACUGGCCACUAUACAGGAAAACAGCUGACUCCACAGGCCCUCACAAGUUUACAUGUCAUGCUGUGGGAUAAGGCCUCGAAACACUUUGAGGCCAGGAACUAUUCUGAGGCUCUGCAGUGGUAUAACUACUCCCUGAGUUUCUUUAAGGCAGGUCAAAUGGAGCCCAACUUAGCCAAAUUGCAGAGGAACAGAGCUUCCUGUUUCCUGCAGCUGAAGCAACUGGAAAAGGCCAAAGAGGCAAUUAAAGAAGCAGAGAGAUGUGAUCCUGACAGCAUUUUCACUCAGUUCAGUGUUUACAAGAUCGCCGUACAGGAGAAGAAUGUGAAGAAAGCUGCAGAUGCAGUGAAUAUGAUUGGACUUCUGUCCAAGUGUCCUGUGGCCUGUGAGGACAGAUUGCUGGUAUCUGAAAAUGCUGCAUCCAAUCUCCUCAGUCUGGCUGCUCAGAUUGCUUUGGAGAAUGAACAGCAGGAAACUGCCAUGAAGGCACUGGAGAGUUUGUGUGAAAACUCCAAAGAUGAAGCUCAGGUUCUGACUGCUCUCAGGUGUUUGGUUCGACUCGUGCUCUCCACAAUAGAAAAAUCAAGUGAUGAGAUGAGGAAUGUGAGUCUGGAUGUCCUGCUGCCAUAUCUAAAAAUGGCUCUGCAGAAAGUUUCACAUCAGUCUCACAUGACUGUGGAGCAACGCACAGAUGAAGCUAGCUGGUUCAGGAAGAUUGCGUGGAACUCAGCUCUUCAGUGCGAGAGCAGUCCUGACAGAAUGAGGGAUUUCUUUGUGCUCUCUUACCAGCUCUCCCAGCUGUGCCCUCCUGAUCGCACACUGCUCAUGGGCCAGAAGACAUGUCUGCUAAUGGCUGCUGCUGCCGCUUUGGAGCUCUGCAGGAAGUCUCCUCACUCUGACCAGACCGAGGAGCUCACUCAGGCUCUGGAGCACAUUCAGAUCUGUUGGGAGAUCUGGAAAACCCUGAAAGCAUCGGGAAACUUCCCAUUGGACCCCACAGACACACUGCUGCUGCUGUAUGAAUUUGAAGCUCGUGCUAAGCUGAAUGACCCCAAGGUGGAGACAGUUCUGGAGUCUGUCCUGGAGCUUGAAAACAUUGAAACGAAGGUGCUGGAGAUCAUUGCAGCCUUAGCCAUGGAGCCUCCAGCCCACUUCCCUCUGCUGUGCAAGAAGGCCUUGAGGGUUGCUCUCUCUCUGCACAAGAAACAACCACAGGCUGACCUGGCCUGCUGCAGCAAGUGUGUUCACAGCCUGAUCAAGCUGUCCCUCCCAAGUGGUGUGUCAGAGGUGGAGGCCCAUGUGCUCGAGGAGGUGUGGGACUACUAUGAGGAGGCCCUGUCCAUCAUUGCAGCCGCACCGGACGACUUCCCAGAGAUGGAGACCCUGUGGUUGCUGACUCGGGCUUGGAACACAGGGAUAUUGCUGUACAGCCUGGCUCAGUAUUCUGAGGCUGAGAAGUGGUGUGGCCUCGCCAUGAGCUUCGUCUGCCACCUAGGAUCCCUGAAAGAGAGCUAUGAGACACAGAUGUCUGGUCUCUACAGUGAAAUCCUGGACAGAUUGGACAAAGCCAAGAAGAACCUCAUCAUGGAGGAAUAA